AUGGUGGAUGCAACGUUUUUGAAAUCGAAAUACCGUGAUGUCCUCAUGAUAGCAAUAGCAAAGGAUGGCAACAAUAGCAUAUUCCCUCUUGCAUUUGGAAUUGCAGACUCUGAGAACAAUGAAUCCUACAAGUGGUUCUUCAAACAUUUAAAGUUUUCUUUUGGCACGCGAGAAAACCUAUCAAUUCUUUCUGAUCGCCACCCAGCAAUUGCAAAUGCAAUCAACCAAGUGUAUCUAGAUUGCCAACAUGGAAUAUGCAUCUACCACAUACCGAAAAACUUGCAGAAAUAUUUCCCUUCUGAAGCGAUUCUAGCCCUAUUCUACAAUGCAGCAACUACAUAUAAACGGGCAGAUUUAGAGAGCUACAUGACACGGAUACAAGAAAUUGACCCACAAGCUACAGAAUACAUAGAAGAAGAACCACCAGAAAGAUGGGCUCGUUCGUUUCACACCAACAAGCGUUACAACAUGCUUACAACAAACAAUGUCGAGACAAUUAAUUCUGUGUUGAGGAAAGCAAGGGAGCUUCCGGUAUUGGAAUGUAUAGAUUACAUACAAAACAAGCUACAAAAUUGGUUUUACAACAGAAGAUUGGAUGCAGCAGGCCCAUCCCGUGACCUGACAUGUUGGGCUGAAAUGAUGUUUGCUUGA